AUGUCAACCAUGACCACAGACAAGUUGGCGCAGAUGAAAUUGUUCGUCCAGGACAAGGUAUCUCAGACCACCGAUGCGGCAGGUCUUUCCGCUACUGACGGGCACAAAAAGGCGCAAAACACCUUGAAGUACGCUCAGCAAAAGACUUCGUCGGCAGCCACUUCGUCGGUCGAGGCGUUGCAGAGCUUGGUGGACCAGCUCAACCGCAGCAGGAUCGUUAACGAUGUCAAGCUGCUCGGUCAAGCGCCCAACCUACUCGUGUCUGGUCUCACGGGCGGAGGUUUAGAUGACCGAAAGCUCCUGCUCGAGCAGAUUGUCACUCUGCUCGCCAGCAUGCCCGUCUCUUCUAAUAUCAGCCGAACUCUAUCAGACACCUUGAUCAAGAUCAUUUGGGGCGAUCUGCCACAUCCAGCCGUCUCCUUCAUGGGUUCCGAGCAUCGCUUUCGACGCCCCGAUGGCUCUGACAACAAUGUCAUGAGUCCCAAGCUCGGUGCAUCAGGCCAGCCCUACUCGCGCAACGUCCAGCGCAUGCAGCCGCAGCAGGUCAACCUACCAGACCCCGGCACUGUUUACGACCUCCUCCUAGCACGAGACAGCUUUGAACCUCACCCGACUGGCAUCAGCUCACUGCUGUUCAACUUUGCCAACAUUAUCAUUCACGACAUCUUUUCCACCACCCGACAGCCAGGCGCACAUUCGGCGUACAACGAGCACUCAUCUUAUCUCGACUUGCAGGUGGUCUACGGUGCCAAUCAAGAAGAGCAAAGGCGUGUGCGCACGGGCACGCUCGGCCUUCUCAAGGCUGAUGCCGUCGGCGACUGGCGUAUGGCCAUGAUGCCGCCCGCAACGGCCGCACUCGCAGUGCUGUUCAGUCGUAACCACAACUUCAUCGCCAAGCGCCUCUACGAGGUCAAUGAAAACCACCGUUUUGACGAUCUCGAAGGUGAGCCGCUUGAUGAGGAGCUGUUUGGCAUUGCACGUCUGGUCAACUGCGGCCUCUUCCUGCAUAUUAUCCUACGUGACUAUAUUCCAGUCAUUCUCAACACCAACGACUCGGAAUGGUUUGUCGACCCCUUGAACGUGAUCAAGGGUGUCGGCGGACCAGGUGCUCUUGAACGUGGCAUUGGUAAUUCCGUCGCUGCCGAGUUCUCGAUUCUCUACCGAUGGCACGCAGCUGUGUCGCAGAACGACGAAAAGUGGAUGAACGACUUCCUCGAAUCUCAGUUUCCCGGCAAGAGACCUGAAGAUGUGGGUCCCAGAGAGUUCGUCGAAGCAGCCGCGGGCCUCAAGGUCUCUUUCCUUGACACGGAUCCGAGCGAGUGGAACCUUCAUGGCUGGGAGCGCGACGCCCAGGGCAAGUUCGACGAUGGAUUGCUAGCACAGGUCAUCAAGGAUGCCGUGUCGGACGUGGCUGCAGCUUUCCGUGCUCGUGGACAUCCCAGCUGGUUCCGUCCCAUCGAAAUCCUCGGCAUGAUCACGGCUCGCAAGGAUUGGGCUAUGUGCACCAUGAACGAGUUCCGACACUUUUUGGGCCUCAAGACCUAUUCUUCGUUCAGCGAGUGGAAUCCUGAUCCCAGAAUUUCGAAGGCAGCGGAGAUGCUCUACGGCGACAUUGACAAUCUCGAGCUCUAUCCUGGCCUGAUGGCGGAAGAGGCCAAGCCCAGUAUCCCUGGAAGUGGUCUCUGCCCCGGUUACACCAUCUCGCGAGGAAUUCUCAGCGACGCUGCUGCCCUGACCCGCGGCGACCGCUUCUACACGAACGACUUUUCGACGUCCAAUCUGACGAGCGCCGGCUAUGAGUACUGCACCACACCUCAGCCUGGCAGUCACGGCAUGAUGGGCAAGCUCAUCAUGGCUACGCUACCUGGUCAGUUCCCGUACAACUCGAUCUAUGCGCUCUACCCCUUCCGCGUGCCCGAGAAGACCAUCGAAAUGCUCAAGGGCAAGCGUGUGAUCGAGCACUACGACACAGCUUACCCUGCGCCUGCUCGCCGAUGGUACGCCAUUGAAUCGUAUUCAGCGAGCAAGGACAUUCUGGAAGACAGCCGAUACUUUACUGCGCUGCCACCCAUGUCGUAUGACGAGAGCCUGAUGUCCUCGGCGCUAGCCUCAAUCCCACGUUGGCAAGAUGAAGUGACGGACUUCUACAGCAUCAACACCCUCAAUGUGAUGAAGAAUCGAAGCGUCUCGUUUUCGCCUACGGGUCGUCAGCGCAUCGUUGAUCUGCUCGAGGUUGUCAACACGGUCUCGGCUCAGUUCACGUCGAAGCUCUUUGCGCUGCCCACGCCUGGCAGUCAUGGCCUGCAUCUCGGCAUGUCGCCCGAUGAGCUCUCCUCGGCACUUGCCAAGCCUCUCGCCUACGCCAUGUAUGGCUCGUUUGACUUCCAGGGUCAUCAGACAUGGCAGCUCGAGGAGGAGUCCGAAGCUUGCACGCGUCGUCUCAAGACGCUUCUUUGGGCACGUCUUCACACGGUGGACGGCAUUCUGUCGCCCGUGUUUGCUCUUGUGCAGAACAUAUCAAACAUUGUCGGUGGCCCCGGCAACCUUGCUGCUAACGGCAUGGCUAGGCACUUCUACCACACGAUCUUUGCUUCAGGAAAGAGCAACGACGAGCUCGUCAAAGACUGCCUGCACAUGAUGGUGUCGCUGACGGCAACGCACUCGCUUGUACUCAUGCAGGCGUUUAAAUGGUUCUUCCAGGAGGAGAAUGCCGAGCACCUUUCGGUCAUGUACCAGCUGGCCCAGAAGAACGACCCUGUCUCAAAUGCUGAGCUGCGCCACCGCAUUAUGGAGGCUUACCGACUCAACAGCAUCACCCCGCCGCAAGCCAAGUUUGCGCUCCAGGCGGUGGCUCUCCCCGACGUGGUCGCAAACAAGGUGUACGUGCAAGUGGGCGACGGCGUUUACAUUUCCCCUUCGGCUCUGUACCGCGAUCCAAAGCUAUCGAACGAUCCCGAGCGUUUUAACCCGAGCAGCAAGGCGCCCGUCCGUCUUGGUCUCGGCGAUGCACCCAGCCAGUCGAUUCUCGAAAUUGCCCUUCCUGCCAUUGCUAAGCAGUUCUUCAAGCACAACGGUCUUCGCUUGGCUCCUGCUGGUCCACCUCCUGUUGUCAACGAUGCGGGUCCGACUCCCAACCAGAAGUUGCCCUACUUUAUCAGUAACCAUGGCGCCGAGUACCCGCUUCCCAUUGACACCUCUAUGCACGUCAUCUACGAGGCCCGCUGA